AUGAACGGCAAACGGUCUCGUAGCGGCUGCCUGACAUGUCGUAGACGACACCAUAAAUGCGACGAGUCGAAGCCGACCUGCUUGAAUUGUCGACUGCGUGGCGCGAAAUGCGAGGGAUACAGCAUUACACUGUCUGAUUUUACCGUGCGUGAUGGGUUUAACGGUCAGAUGGUGGCCAGGGCUGUCAGGGGUAGUCCUAGAGAACGAUCACGAAAACGGUUAAGGACAGUAUCAGAAGAGAGUAAUCAUUCUGGUGACUCACCAGACGCUGGGCAAUCUAAGGAUGACUCUGGUCUAUCAGACAGCCAACGCGUUCAGGAAGAAUGGCAAAUUGACCCUAUCACCACGACGAAUUCAAGUCCAAUGGCCCUGCCAGAAGGCAUGAAUAUCAUCCCUGUUGAUGGGUCUUGGUGGAAUUCUCCUGCAAGAUCACGAGCUGCAACACCAAGCGUGCUUAUGGAUCUGCCUGUGGUGCCGGAUCUUGAAAGUCUCGACUGGACACUACCUGAUCUGGUUGCAGAUGACAAUAUUGACGAGACACGAGAUGCUCCCACCACCAGCACAGGUAUCGAGGAAGGCUUACUCCAGCUAAUGGAUAAACCUGUGCUCUGGUCAACGCCAGACGAUCCCUUUGAUCAAUAUCUAUUCUCUCACUACAUGGAUAACCUCUCCCUCCGCCUCUACCCAGUCAAACCAGACCAGAAUCCCUACAGAGUCGUAUAUGGCACGCUAGCCGCACAGUCUCAGCCUCUCCUCAAGACAAUCCUCUUCGCUUCUGCCUUUCAUCUAUCUAAUCUCGGCCGACUGCCGAAAUUCGCGCUCCAGCCAUACCGCGAUGCCAUGCGGAAGGCGUUUCGUGAUGCUGUCGUAUCGGAAGAUCAGCUAGUGGGUGUUGGUGCUACGGUUCUUUUAUCGAUUGUUUUUGAUGUGAUUGGAUCUGGGUUGGAGAGCUGGAGCUCCAAGCUGAACGGGUGUCGACAAUUAUUCAAAAAGGCACUCGCUCGCUCUAGCAGUCCGAUUGACGCUGAGCUGCAGUGCAUGAUUGUGCAGUAUAACUGGGCGGCGAUUAUGAGUCGGACACUGUUGCGAGGGCAGACUGGCUCUGAAGAACUCGAAUGUAUAGAUGUAGCAGAUAACACAGACACUCCCGAGAACAUCGACGCGGCAUAUCACCAAUCGCACUGGUGGCAGAACCUGCCCGACCACCGGAUGCAUCUUCUCCUCCGCGAAGCAACAGACUUAUCCCUAGCCGUCGACCGGGUGAAGACAGCACCAGAGUCAUCCGUCGAUGACCUCCUCCAACUAAUGCCGCAAGCAGGCGAACUGCUCGACAAAAUCAACCACUGGCAUCCAGAUACCUCCCAGGUCGACCCGGAGUACGUCAACUCCGUACACCUCUUCAACACCGUCUGGAGACAGGGGAUGCGAUGCUACGUGUAUCACGAGAUAUACGCGCUUCCGUCCAGCGAUGCACGAAUUCAAGGAUGUGUCGAGACAUGUGUUGCGUCUUUGAAGAGUUUAUCGUGGCUGCAGGCGUGUUUGUUCCCUGUGUUCAUAACUGCCAUCCAUGCGCAGACGAAAGAGAGUAGAUUGUGUUUUGAAGAGGGAUUAAUGAGGAUGCAUACUUCGUUGGCGUUUCAGACGCCGGUUUCGGUCAUGCUGAUGCUGAAGAAUAUCUGGGAGGUGAGGGAUGCUAAUCCUGGUAGGAUGAAGUGGAGGGAUAUUAUCAAGGAGUCUGGAUCGGAGCUGAAUAUUCUCUUGUAA